GGGAAGCGAAGGGACGCGCGGGCGGCCGCACCAGCCGCUGCUCACCGGGGACGGUCGCUGUCGCCCUUUCAGCUGCGCAAGAGAGCUUUUUGACGCCCGAAAAUGCAACAGCAACAACAGCAACGUCGGAUGUUCACAGCUGCCCUCCUGGCACUUGUUUUCAUUCUGGCAGCUGUGAGUACCACCGAGGCCGGCAAAAAAGAGAAACCGGAGAAAAAGGCGAAGAAGUCUGACUGUGGGGAAUGGCAGUGGAGUGUCUGUGUCCCCACCAAUGGUGACUGUGGUCUGGGGACACGUGAGGGCACUCGCACUGGAGCUGAGUGCAAACAAACCACCAAGACUCAGAAGUGUAAGAUUCCCUGCAACUGGAAGAAGCAAUUUGGAGCGGAGUGCAAAUACCAGUUCCAGGCCUGGGGAGAAUGUGACUUGAAUACGGCCCUGAAGACUCGAACUGGAAACCUAAAGAGAGCCCUUCACAAUGCUGACUGCCAGAAGACUGUCACAAUCUCAAAGCCCUGUGGGAAGCUUACCAAACCCAAACCUCAAGAAUCCAAGAAGAAGAAAAAGGAAGGCAAGAAACAAGAGAAGAUGCUGGAUUAAUGGAGUCAACUUGGGCAAUUUGAGAAAGGGACAUCAGCAAACAUGAUCAGUUAACAGUUUCAUUUAUACCUAGGCAUUUUAUCCUAAAAUUAUUUAUAGCUUAAUGGUACCAUAGAAGGAAACAAGCAAACACA